CUCCUCCUCCUGCUCGUGCAGCUGCUCCAGCUGUGUGUUUGAGUGUGCGAGUGCGUGUGCCCGCCGGUGUGUGUGACUACGUACCGCUUCCUUUCCGCUCGCCCUCGCGCUCAAUGUUGCAACCACCAUGACAGGCAUCGCCGCUGCCUCCUUCUUCUCCAAUACGUGCCGUUUCGGAGGCUGCGGGCUGCACUUCGACUCCCUGGCGGAGCUGAUCGUCCACAUCGAGGACAACCACAUCGAUACAGAUCCUCGCGUGCUUGAGAAACAGGAGUUGCAGCAGCCCACAUAUGUCGCUCUCAGCUACAUAAACAGGUUCAUGACAGAUGCAGCGAGGAGAGAGCACGAGACUCUGAAGAAGAAAGUCCAGCCAAAGCUGUCCCUCUCUUUGACAGGCAGCCUAUCACGUAACAGUGUGUCCACUCCGCCCCGACACACCAGCGGCAACCUCACUCCACCUGUGACACCACCUAUUACACCCUCCUCAUCAUUCAGGAGCAGCACUCCCACAGGUAGUGAGUAUGAUGAGGAGGAAGCAGACUACGAGGAGUCCGACAGCGAUGAGUCUUGGACCACCGAAAGUGCCAUUAGCUCCGAGUCCAUCCUCAGCUCCAUGUGCAUGAACGGAGGCGACGAGAAACCCUUUGCCUGCCCCGUGCCCGGCUGCAAAAAGAGAUACAAGAAUGUGAACGGUAUCAAGUAUCACGCCAAGAACGGCCACCGCACUCAAAUCCGGGUGCGCAAGCCGUUUAAAUGCCGCUGUGGGAAGAGCUACAAGAGCUCACAGGGCCUGCGCCACCACACCAUCAACUUCCACCCGCCCGUCUCAGCUGACAUCAUCCGCAAGAUGCAACAGUAGAGCGGGCCUCCGUGCCAACCAGAUCCUUCACCCACGCGUUCCAUCAUUAGAAGCUGUUGCUGCAUUUGAUACCUUUCCUGCUUUGUUACUCUUUAUUCCUCCUUGUCCUCCACGAGGAAGACUCUGUCUCCUCAUUCCACCUCUCCAUGAGGAAACUUGUACCCCUUCAUUUAACUCUUCCAUAAGGAAGACUCUUUCUAUCUUCCCAUCAUUUCAUACCUCGUUUAGGAGGUUCUCUUUAUCCCCCUUUUCAUUCCAUCUCUUUGUGAAGAGUAAACCCGUUCACCCUCUUAAUUCAAGAAGCACCUAUGUUCCCUUUACACUAAGCUUUUGAAAUGCAUGCGUAUGGUUGUUUUUGUUUUUUGUAUCCUGUUAUCUGUUCUGUGUCUAUUUGAGAUGAUGUAUCAUAGAGUUUGCAGUUUUGUACUUUUGCACAUUCAAUUAUUAUUCUUUUUCUGUCUUGUAUUACUAUUGUCAUAAGGUGCUUAUUGUGAAAUGUUUAGGAUGUGUUGAGACAAGAUAAGGCUUGGCAUCAGUGUGGGACGAGUUCCCAACAGUUGCUAUGACCACUCGGGGCAGUUUGUGAUGCGUGUCAAAGCCACAUCACAAUUCAACCAGCAUGACUUUUUUUGGCUUCUGACAAGAGAAAAUGGUGAAGAAAAAAAAAAAAGAAAGGCAGAACAUUUCUGACUGUUUGCGCUACCCGAUAUAACCGACGUUUUUAGUUAUAGAUUUUAAGAAAUGCAUAUAGACUUUCAUAAUCAGAUGUUAAAUAUAUCCUUUUAUUCCCAAGUUUUUUUGUUUUGUUUUUUUUUCCCUCCAUUUCCAGUUUUUUUUUGUUUUUGUUUUUUUAAAUUAUACCAAGUUAAAGAUUAAGUUUGGGACUUUUGGAAGUUGAAUCCUAUAUUUUGUCAUCCUUGGACAAAUCGUGUUUUACACCUAUUAACAAUCUCAGGUGACAGAUUGCCAGCAUUUCAGACACAUUUUCCUGCCCAUGUGGUCAAAUGGUAUUUUUUUAUACAGCUGUUACACGGGUCCCAGGACAGCUGUGGCCGGUGUGUUCUAGAACCUUUGGAGCAUUCUAGAACUCCACAGCUGAAUCCAUUGCCUGCUAAAGGACCUAAAGCACUUUGUAGCACCUAGUUGCCAACUUAGUUAAGAAGUUUCCAUUGCCAAACCAUCAGGGACUACAGAGUCCUACCUGCGAGUCACUGAGUUAAAUCUACACACUGACACGCUGCUUUGGGUUUAGAGUACACGUACUCUCCUUUUUUUUCUUUCCAAGUCUUAAGGGAUUUCUUUUAUUUUCUUAUCUUUCAUCAUAGCCCCAAAGUGUGUGUUACUGGAAGAUUAUUGUAACUGAUUGCCUUGAACUGUUGUAGACCAUAGCAUUCCACAGCUUUGGUGUAACAAAUCAAUCCGGUUGUGUUUUUUGUCCUUUGAUACUGGCUGAGCUCUGGCGUUACCUGAGCCGCCUUUCAGAUGGACAGAUGACAGUUAUUGUACUUCCCAAUAUUAAAACUACAGCAGAGCAUUUGCCCAUCGCUGUCUUUGGUGGCCAGUGUUGUUUUGCUAAUGGGGCGGUAGGAUAACUCAGGGAUGUCCUGUCCUAGAGUUAGAAGUUUGUUUUUCUGCGCCUUUUCUGCUUGAGUUUAAAUCAGACAGCAGCAGGUUUUGGAGUACCAGCAGUAAUCCUACAUCAGUUUUUUGCAUUAAAUACAAUAAAUAGAAUAGGUAUAUAGAAGAGGUGUUCUAUUGCAAAAUCAAUCACCCUACUCUGGGAGGUAUCAGAAGAAAAACAAGAAGAGUUGGCAGAGAAAGGCCUGACCAAGCGCCAAGCUGCGAAUCACUCAUGAUCAUGACAUUCUGCAUGGACAUCAGUGUUGUAAUGGAAUUACCUGUUUAAAUGAACAUUGUGACAGUAUUAUACUGCCAGUCUAGAGGGAAGUAUUGGACAUGUUGUGCAUAGUUUAUGUAUUAUGUAUCUGUGUAAGUGCAUUAAAUUAUAUUUUCAUACAUUAGGGGAGGGGGGAUUCCUACAUGUAAUGCCAUUGACACCACGGGUUGUUUUUAAACUGGUGUCCUUCUUCAACAAAAAUAGAAAAGAAAAACUGACAAAAAAGCUGCUUCAUAAAUGUAAACCUGGUUACAAGUUAAAUAUUAAAUGGCCUCUGAUGUGUUUCGA